AUGCCCGCACUGCAAGGAUCACUCUUACCUCGCGCCACGAUCGUACACAGUAAGGCGUAUCUGGAUGAUGACAUCUCGGCGCGAAUACUCGGCAUCACUGGCUUCUUCUGCUUCUUCUCUGUCGUCGUCGUGACUCUGAGACUGUACGCUCGUGCCUUCAUGGUACGCCGACUUGGCUGGGAAGACCUACUCAUCUUCAUCACCGCCCUUUUCGUCAUUGGUUGCUGGACUUGCUUCGUUGGGGAAGCAAGCACUGGAGUUCUCGGUCGACACAGCGUGACGUACACAAUACCACAAUAUGAACAUUUCCUGAUGUGGACAUUUCCUCACCAACUCUUCCUCAUGCUUGGUGUCGGCACCUUCAAGUGUAGUGUCGGCUUCUUCCUCAUCCGCGUCGGGCGGAGCAGAUGGGCUCGAUGGGCGUUGUAUGGCUUGAUGGUCUUCAUGUCUCUUUGUUCGGUCGCAUAUGCUACAACGCUCUUCUGGUCAUGUAUCCCUCUACGAGCCAACUGGCAUCUGGACGAGCAAAAAGAUGCAAAGAUAAUCUCCACCGAGGUCUGGAGAGGCUUGGCCAUGUGGAACAGCGUCACGAACAUGCUGACAGAUGCCGUCCUUGCCCUCUGGCCUAUCCCCAUCGUCCUCAGAAUGAAGGUGUCGACCUUCAAAAAGAUCUUCCUUGUUAUCGCAUUGAGCCUUGGCUGGGUCGCGGUCGUGUGCGGUUCCAUCAAGACGUAUGCCAUGUGGGUGUACUUCAGCGCCGAAGACAAAUACUACAAGGACAACUACUUCGUGUGGAGUUUUCUCGAGCUGAGUGUCGGUACCAUCGCCGCAUCUGUGCCACUGCUCUCGCCUUUGGUCCACAAGAUCCGUCGCUCUUCUUCCUCCAGAGGCGAUAGCGGAAACGCCGUACUGGUCAUGCUACCAGCAGAGCUACCUCGCGCGGUCAUCCGACGACCAAUCAUCACAUGGACGGGUAUGGGCUUUACUUCCUACGAAGAAGACGACGAGGCGAAAGACGACAACCCAGGACGAAGCGGAUCGAGUACAAGGAUAGAGAUGGAGAAGUCGGAUAGCGGUACGAUAUUUGUAGGAUACGAGGGGUCGAAAGCGUUUACUAGAGCGACUGUAUGA